AUGGCUACAUUUAUUACAUUUACAGCUUUCGUAGUAGUAGUUGAAGCAUUAAAUCUACGAGACGGGAGUCUUAUGGACGAUAUUGUAAAGGAUGGACAGAAAAGUACGACGCAGGAUCUUUUGAACAAGGUUAUGAAGGAUUCCGAGGCUCUUAUUUCGACGAAGAACGAGUUCAAGAUGAUUGAAAGACAGAAUACAAGACUGAAGAAAGUAAAUGUAGAGCAAGUUCGUGGUGUCAAGGUCUGGGCUCAGUGUGGAGGUCUUUAUUAUACUGGAGAAACAACAUGUCAACAACACACGUGGUGCAAACAACUUAGUGAAUUUAUCUCGUUAUGUUUUCCAGACUCGGAUGUGAUUGAAAGCAAAGUGAUUCGUCUUGAGCUUUAG